AUGGCGCGGGGGCCCAAGUCUGCUGGCCCACCGGACUACAGAUCAGGUGACCUGCGUGCAGCCCUCCCCACCCCAGUGGACUACAGAUCAGGUGACCUGCGUGCAGCCCUCCCCACCCCACCGGACUACAGAUCAGGUGACCUGCGUGCAGCCCUCCCCACCCCACCGGACUACAGAUCAGGUGACCUGCGUGCAGCCCUCCCCACCCCACUGGACUACAGAUCAGGUGACCUGCGUGCAGCCCUCCCCACCCCACUGGACUACAGAUCAGGUGACCUGCGUGCAGCCCUCCCCACCCCACUGGACUACAGAUCAGGUGACCUGCGUGCAGCCCUCCCCACCCCAGUGGACUACAGAUCAGGUGACCUGCGUGCAGCCCUCCCCACCCCAGUGGACUACAGAUCAGGUGACCUGCGUGCAGCCCUCCCCACCCCACUGGACUACAGAUCAGGUGACCUGCGUGCAGCCCUCCCCACCCCACUGGACUACAGAUCAGGUGACCUGCGUGCAGCCCUCCCCACCCCAGUGGACUACAGAUCAGGUGACCUGCGUGCAGCCCUCCCCAACCCCCCGUCCAGCCUGCUGGGCUACAGAUCAGGGCUGGAGGCGUUCAGGGAGAUGUGGCUGGAUAAUCCGUACGAGCAGGUGGGACUGGCCCUGUCUGGAGAUUACGUUCCCAUGUGCAGUUCUCCCUCCUGGGCUGGCCCCGAUGGGCCUCGGCGCUCCAGUGUGAGGGCGUCUCUCCGGAGGAGAUCAGUGCUGCUGAUAUCCCUGUGGAUCCUCACCCUCCUCUCCUUCAUCAGUGUCCUGGGCCUCUACUUGCCGAGGAUGACUGCAGGAAGCAGCGCUCAGGACAUAUCCAGCCUGCAGCAGGACAUGAGCAAGCUGAAGGAGACUAAUGCUCAACUGAUCUCAGAGCUGCGGAUGGAAAUUGAGGAUCUGGACCAUUUCUACAGCGCUGUGCUGAAGUGCUCCCCAAACUACAGCACCCCGACUGUAUUGAACAAAAUAAUGGAUGUCUCAAAAAAGACCGGAAUCGUCAUUAGUCCAGUGUGGAGAUGGAUUCAUGAAGCUACAGUGGACGUGACUCUGGACCCUGACUCGGCCCACCCCAGCCUGGUUCUGUCCGAGAACCGGAAGCAGGUCCGGCUGGGGCCCAGGCGGCAGGAUGUGGUGGACAGCCCGCGGAGGUUUAAUUUCAUGGUGUGCGUCCUGGGCCAGAACGGCUUCUCCUCCGGCCGCCGGUACUGGGAGGUGGGACUGCACCACAAGACCGACUGGACUGUGGGCGUGGCCAUGAGCAACGCCGACCGGAAGGGGUCAGUCCUGUUCCGCCCUCGAGCCGGUUACUGGACCAUCAAGAUGACGAAGGGGGAGGUCAGGGCAAUGUGUGAGCCCCCCCUCCCCCUCCCCCUCAGAGAGAGGCCCAGGACUGUGGGGGUGUUUCUGGACUACGAGGCGGGGCAGGUGUCCUUCUACAACGUAGAGACCAGGACUCAUAUCUACUCCUUCACUGGCCAUAACUUCACUAAGACGCUGUACCCAGUGUUCAGGCCUGGUCUUACUGAGAUGGGUGAAAACUCUGGCCCACUGGUCAUCUCUCCUGUCACUCACUUUCGCUGAAUCAGGACACGCCUACUUUACAGGAAACUAUAGAAGUCAUGUCAGGAGGAAUGUUUGUUUCAUUGUAGUUAUGUCAGAAGGAAUGUUUGUUUCAUUGUAGUUAUGUUAGGAGGAAUGUUUGUACUGCCGUAGUCAUGUCAGGAGGAAUGUUUGUUUCAUUGUAGUUAUGUCAGGAGGAAUGUUUGUUUCGUUGUAGUUAUAUCAGGAGGAAUGUUUGUUUCGUUGUAGUUAUGUUAGGAGGAAUGUUUGUACUGCCGUAGUCAUGUCAGGAGGAAUGUUUGUUUUGUUGUAGUUAUGUUCGGAGGAAUGUUUGUUUCGUUGUAGUUAUGUUAGGAGGAAUGUUUGUUUUGUUGUAGUUAUGUUCGGAUGAAUGUUUGUUUUGUUGUAGUUAUGUUAUGAGGAAUGUUUGUACUGCCGUAGUCAUGUCAGGAGGAAAGUUUGUUUCAUUGUAGUUAUGUCAGGAGGAAUGUUUGUUUCGUCGUAGUUAUAUAAGGAGGAAUGUUUGUUUUGUUGUAGUUAUGUUCGGAGGAAUGUUUGUUUCGUCGUAGUUAUAUAAGGAGGAAUGUUUGUUUUGUUGUAGUUAUGUUAGGAGGAAUGUUUGUUUCAUUGUAGUUAUGUUAGGAGGAAUGUUUGUACUGCCGUCGUCAUGUCAGGAGGAAUGUUUGUUUUGUUGUAGUUAUGUGUGGAGGAAUGUUUGUUUUGUUGUAGUUAUGUUAGGAGGAAUGUUUGUUUAGUUGUAGUUAUGUUCAGAUGAAUGUUUGUACUGCCGUAGUCAUGUCAGGAGGAAUGUUUGUUUCAUUGUAGUUAUGUCAGGAGGAAUGUUUGUUUCAUUGUAGUUAUGUUAGGAGGAAUGUUUGUACUGCCGUAGUCAUGUCAGGAGGAAUGUUUGUUUCAUUGUAGUUAUGUCAGGAGGAAUGUUUGUUUCAUUGUAGUUAUGUCAGGAGGAAUGUUUGUUUCAUUGUAGUUAUAUCAGGAGGAAUGUUUGUUUCAUGGUAGUUAUGUUAGGAGGAAUGUUUGUACUGCCAUAGUCAUGUCAGGAGGAAUGUUUGUUUUGUUGUAGUUAUGUUCAGAGGAAUGUUUGUUUCGUUGUAGUUAUGUUAGGAGGAAUGUUUGUUUUGUUGUCGUUAUGUUCGGAUGAAUGUUUGUUUUGUUGUAGUUAUGUUAGGAGGAAUGUUUGUACUGCCGUAGUCAUGUCAGGAGGAAUGUUUGUUUCAUUGUAGUUAUGUCAGGAGGAAUGUUUGUUUCGUUGUAGUUAUAUAAGGAGGAAUGUUUGUUUCAUUGUAGUUAUGUCAGGAGGAAUGUUUGUUUCAUUGUAGUUAUGUCAGGAGGAAUGUUUGUUUCGUUGUAGUUAUAUAAGGAGGAAUGUUUGUUUCAUUGUAGUUAUGUCAGGAGGAAUGUUUGUUUCAUUGUAGUUAUGUCAGGAGGAAUGUUUGUUUCAUUGUAGUUAUAUCAGGAGGAAUGUUUCAUUGUAGUUAUGUUAGGAGGAAUGUUUGUUUCGUUGUAGUUAUGUUAGGAGGAAUGUUUGUUUCGUUGUAGUUAUGUUAGGAGGAUUGUUUGUUUCAUUGUAGUUAUGUUAGGAGGAAUGUUUGUUUCGUUGUAGUUAUGUUAGGAGAAAUGUUUGUUUUAUUGUAGUUAUAUCAGGAGGAAUGUUUGUUUCGUUGUAGUCAUCUCAGGAGGAAUGUUUGUUUUGUUGUAGUUAUAUCAGGAGGAAUGUUUGUUUCGUUGUAGUCAUCUCAGGAGGAAUGUUUGUUUUGUUGUAGUUAUGUUCGGAGGAAUGUUUGUUUCGUUGUAGUUAUGUUAGGAGGAAUGUUUGUUUUGUUGUAGUUAUGUUCGGAUGAAUGUUUGUUUUGUUGUAGUUAUGUUAGGAGGAAUGUUUGUACUGCCAUAGUCAUGUCAGGAGGAAUGUUUGUUUUGUUGUAGUUAUGUUCAGAGGAAUGUUUGUUUUGUUGUAGUUAUGUUCGGAUGAAUGUUUGUUUUGUUGUAGUUAUGUUAGGAGGAAUGUUUGUACUGCCGUAGUCAUGUCAGGAGGAAUGUUUGUUUCAUUGUAGUUAUGUCAGGAGGAAUGUUUGUUUCGUUGUAGUUAUAUCAGGAAGAAUGUUUGUACUGCCGUAGUCAUGUCAGGAGGAAUGUUUGUUUCAUUGUAGUUAUGUCAGGAGGAAUGUUUGUUUCGUUGUAUUUAUAUCAGGAGGAAUGUUUCAUUGUAGUUAUGUUAGGAGGAAUGUUUGUUUUGUUGUAGUUAUAUCAGGAGGAAUGUUUCAUUGUAGUUAUGUUAGGAGGAAUGUUUGUUUUGUUGUAGUUAUGUGUGGAGGAAUGUUUGUUUAGUUGCAGUUAUGUUAGGAGGAAUGUUUGUUCCGUUGUACUUCAUCUUUUUCAAAAUAAUCUUGUUUUUUAAACAGCAGAUGUGUGGAUACUUUUAUAUUUCAGGAUUUAAAACAAUCUAUUCUGGUUUCUGUGUGUGUGGCAUCUUUUUAAUGUUUAAUACGUUUGGAUUUGUAUUUACCACCCUGUACGGUGUAGAGCCAUUCUGUGAUUAUGCUCUUUGACCUGAGAGAUGCUGAAGAAAUAACAUUAUAAACGUGUACUAUUAUUAUUAUUGUUAUUAUUGUUAUUAUUGUUAUUAUUGUUAUUAUUCUUAUUAUUAUUAUUAUUCAUACAUCGAUAGAUCAUUGCGUUUUAUAUAGUGGUUUACUCACCUCAACCACCACUGAUGUGUAGCACCCAGAAGCCUGAUGUAAACAUGGAAUGUUUUCAUAAAACUAUGCUUUGUUACCCUUACCUAUCAUUUUGAAAAGUUGGAUUCAUCGAUAGUUAGAUGCAUUGUGAAUUGAUGAAAAGAUUGUCAAAUCAUAUGCAAUGUGUGUAUUUCAUUUUUAAGUUAAGUUAUGUUAAGUUGUUGUCAGUGUGAACAAGUGAUGUGGUGCAUUGAAAAAUAUUUUUUAGAUUGUAUCUUGUAAAAGGUAUCUUGUAUUGUAUCUUGUAUAUUGUAAAAGGGUGUUGUAAAAAUGUUUUGAAAAAUGAAUGCAAUUUGAUUAUCCA